UUCACUUUCAUUUCCCUUUUCUUUUGCCACUAUUUCUUUCGUCCAUUAACAAACACUCAUUUCCCUCCUCCCGCGCAGUUCACAUAUACCAUGUCGGAGGUUCAACAAUCUCCGAAAGAUUGGCCUCUUGCUGAGCUAAAAGUGGCCAUCAAUUUAUCGGGUCAACCUAAGGAGCUUUAUUUCCCAUUAUACCCUGGUGACAACACUGUGGGUCACAACGGUCUCAUUCCAGCGAAUGAAAAACCCAAUGACAUUAGUCUGAACUUCUAUCCCAUUAUUAAGUCAAGACAUUUUCUGAUCUCAUGCACUAAGGAUCCCAUGAUCUUUAUCAAAAGUACGGUGGAGCGCCCUGAAGAUGCUAAUGCUGUGAUAAUGGGUGAAAACGGACGUGAUGGGCUCUCCAUGAACAAUGUCUAUGUAUGGGAGUUUUUAGAAAGCCGACGAGUCUGCAUUGGAAAUGGUCUUAUAACGCUCAGCUGUACGUAUUUGGGUCGAAAUCGAAGAUAUGGAUUGCCUCGGAGUGCUAUGGGCCAGACACGUAUAGGGAGAGAAAUAAGUAUGAUUCGCAAUCAACCCAUGGCGUCGACUUCGCAAAUUAAAAAAGAAGAACCCGAUACAUCGAUCACAAAUUUGGAUGGAACUCACCAAGUGCCUAUUCAGGAUAGACCAUUGGCUUCAGACGCUACUGACAGUGUGCCCGAUGAAUUUGAGCCAAUGUCUAAAACACUCACUCUUCCAGAGAUAACUCAGGAACUGGAAAGGCCUACAGAUGAGAUUAGAAAUGAAUACUAUGACCCAGACAGGCUUCCCGCCUCUAAUGAAGACGGGAAUGUAGAUGAAGAUGAUAAUAGCGAUAGCGAAGGCGAAGAGGAGCCUUCACAUUCGAGAGUACCAAGCCGAUUUCUUCCAGAUGAUAUUACCAAAAUACGUCGUGAGCCAGUUCCUCCAACCCCCGAUCUUCUACCAACGCAACCAUACGUCUCUGAAGACCAUCAAACUGAGAGGACAGAUCAUGAUGCGCUUACUCAGCUUCUUGAGCCAACUCAAGCGUAUUUAGAUCCUGAUGCUCCGACUCAAAUAUUGGAUCCUGCACUAGACUAUAGCGAGGUGCGAAUUAAACAAGAGGAAAACACGCAACUUGAUACGAUGGCGAAACCUCAUUUACAACCACAUCCAAGAAAUGCACCUGUUCACGAGGAUGAGACCGCAGACUACCAGCAAGGGAGAGUAUGCGAGACACAGUCAACCCAUGCCGAGACCCAAUCUACUCAAUCGCCAAGAAAUUCUCCAUCUUUAGAGCUAGAACCUGGAACCGCUUCAGGGCCCACACGUCGUAUAGUCGAAAGGAUUCCAGCAACACCGACCGAUGAACAAACCGAAGCGAGACGGGUUAGGCAGGAAGGAAUAGAAAAUAAGAAAUCUAGAGCACAAUUAAUCGAAGAGGAAGGCAAGGUGCCUCAGACGCCGGAGCACGCACCUGUGUCCCAAGCUUCCACUGCGGAGCUCAAUCCUGCAUCAGGAUCUCGUGCUAAUUCAUAUGAUCGAUCCUUUGGAUCAGGAGGGCAUGACGACAACAACAACGACUCUGUUUUCCAUAUUGCUGCCACUGCAGAGGAUGGACAAGAGGGCGACAGAACACGACGAUUGAGUUGCGAUGAGGACGACCCUAUGGCGGCAGAGCUCCAGGAGGGACUACCACGAGCAAUCCUGAAAGGUAGUCAGGAGCCUGUGACCACCCCAUCAUCAUCGCCGCCGCUACAAGCCCCAGUGGAUAGAGGCUAUGGCCCUGAGGGCAGUGGUCAUUCACGGCCAUCAAGUAGGACUUCACAAAGGACAAAGGAAGGUUCACCAAAACAUGGAAUCGAAAGCGAUUCUGAGAGGGACUCACCUAAGCCAUCCAAGCUCAUUAGGACCGAGAGCCAAGUAGAAACCACAGAAUCAAUGGCCGAGAGACCUACAGCAUCCACCCAGGUCCGUGCCACACCAUCUCGAAUGAUGAGCAGACGAUCGACACUAGAUAUGGACACUCACAAGGCUAAGGUCAUGAUCAGUGCUCCAGGACUGACUGACAAGGAUAAGAAAAAGUGGGCGGAGGCCAUUGAGAGCCUUGGAGGAGCAUACAAGGAGGACUAUAAGGAGGCGACGAUUCUUGUCUUUGAAGGCAAUUCGCGAACAUCGAAAUUUAUGUGUGCUAUCGUACGCGGCAUCCCGAUUGUGACAAUGAAUUGGCUUGAGGAUUCGAAAAAUAGUCAUGAGUUUAAGCCAUGACUAUAUCUUCAAAGACUCUGGAAUGGAAGAAAAAUUUGGGUUCAAUCUAGCGGAGAGUU